ACAGUGAUUCUAAAUUUUCGUUAUUUUUUUGUCAUGUUUCCAUUGGUUUUCAUUUGGCUUAAUUUAAGUGGAUUGUUCUCACUGCCGGAGUCACAAUAUGGAACUUAUCAGUAUCGUGAGGAGUCAACGCCUCCUAGAAAUCACAUAAAUAUACAGGAGAGAGGUCUUUUUAACAUCGCCGGUUCUGCAGCUAAUAGCAUAGCUAACUCAGCUAAUUUUGGCAUUCCUGGCCUCGCAAGCAUCGGAUUCAGCAGUUCUGCUGCCAACGCCUUAUCCCAAAAUGUCAACGGUGGUUACAGCGGAGGUAGCCUGGCAGCUUCUGCAGCGAAUGCGUAUGGCUUUGGUACCAACGUAGAUGUCCUGGGUAACAAUUUUGGGUUCGGCCAGUCAGGAGCUUUUAGCAACGGUUUCAAUUUCGGCAAUCGCCCGGUCCGGAGUGUCACUUCGUCACGCGCGGUUGCCACAGCAUCGGCAAGCUCCGAUGGUAGUCAUCCAAAAAGACGAGUAGAAGCAAAAGCUACAGUAGAUGGGCAAAAUGUUGCAGCCUCCAAUGCAAAAGCUACAGUAGAUGGGAAAAAUGUUGCAGGUUCGAAUGCAAAAGCUGUUGCAACUGCAGAAACAAAUGCUGAUGGGCAUGGUAGCGUGAAAGCCGAUUCAUCGGUGGUAUCAGACCCUGAGGGACAGGAUUCGACUCCAAACACCGACUGUGACGAAACUGAACUAGAUAGUGCAAAAUUGACUGCAAAAGCCGAAGCAGUAGUAAAUGGAGGCAACGAAGAUGCAUUAGAUGAAUCUAAUGACAAAGAAAACCCAGCAAUUCUCUCAAAUAAAAAUAAACAAGUGGGCUCAGAAAUCAAACCAGAAGCACAGAAUAUUUCAGGGAAAGAACCACUGUUGCGAGAACACGAGGGUUCUGAUUCAAGAGUAAGUGCAGAAUCCAGUCAAAAAGAUAUCAAAGCUGCCAGUGAGUCGAAUGCUGAAUCAAGUUCAACUGCUGAGUCAAGUGCAGGACCAGUAGGCAAUCCACUCGAUGGUAAAAUUAGCGAUUCUGGUGCAGCAGGAGGAUCAAUCGUUGGCGGGCACAGAAAUGUAAACAGUGGGGAGAAUUCAGCCGAUUUUGCAGCAAAAAAAGUUGUAGAAUCAGAGGCUUCUGAGGGAUCUAAAACUGGUGGAAAUUCAGGCUCUGAUAUAACCAAACAAGGUGCGGCAAGAUUAAAUUAUGGCACAAAUUCAGUGGCACAAUCAGUGCCAAUAACUGCUAGAGAUAUUUCAGGUAGAGAGAGAGCAGUUACUGACAAUGCAGCACAAGACGUCAACACAGGUAAUAGUGGAUUAAACAAAAGAGUCAACACCACCGCCGACUCUGGUUCUAGUGCAACUGCGGGCAAUGCCAAUGGAUUAGACAUUUCUGCCGGUGGAACAUUCAAAACGAAAGGGGAAAAUCAUGGAGAGGCAUUCAUUGAAUCCGGAAUUGAUAGCAAUGCCGGUUCAAGAAAGGAAGGGUUUGGUGAGAAUGUGGGCGAAGCCAAUGCUCCUACGGGUGCUAUUCCCAGACCGAAUAAAGUUGGAGACGGCAAUUCCAUUGCGGGAUCCAGUGCCGACGUGGAUGCACCGGCAAGUGAUUCUGGAGGUCUGCACGCUCCUGCCUCUGCAUUUGCAUCCAGUGGAAAUGCAGUUGCAAACGCAGAAUCCAAUGGAGGUGCAGCUGCGAGCGCAGCAUCCGGUGGAGGUCCAGGAACAUACGGUGGAGCAAAUACAAAUCCAGGCAGUCUCCCUGGAGCAAAUGUUGAUGGGCCAACCGCGAUUGCAAGCGCAGGUGGAAGACCUGGCACAGGACCCGGAGGACAAGGAAGCUCUGCAAUAGUUUCUUCAGGUACACAAUCUGGCGGUAUCUCCGGAUCAAACUCUGGUGGACCGAACGGAGUGGGACAAAUUGGACCAACAACUGUCCCAAGUACAAAUUCUGGGCCUGAUGAGGUGGAGUCACCCACUACUGAAAGUACAGUUACUGGAACAAGUGAAAGCAAACCCACCGCAGGAAUUGUAGAGCAAGGGAGCACUGGAAAUAUCUCUACAGGUUCAAAUGCAAGUGGUCUCUCUGAAACAAAUGUUGGGAGCACGAACGGAGUGGGACAAGCAGGGUUAACCACUACUGCAAGUACAAAUACUGAGACGGGAACAAGCAGACCUGACGCAGAACUGGGAGGGCAAGAGAGUGCUUCCAGUGGUUCUUCAGGGACACAAGGAAGCGUGAAUGGUGCAUCAAGCUCUGUUGGAAGUUCGUCAUCUGGCUCUGAAGCGAACAGACCCACGUUACCCGGAGGCACAACCGGCACUGUAUUAGGUGGCCAAGGAGGUAUCAUCGGCGGGCUCACCUCAAGUGGAGGCUCACCAUCUGGAACAGGGUCUAGUGGGCAAGGAGGCACUGGAUCUUCCACCGGAUCAAACAUUGGAACUUUAUCAGGUGGAGCAACAGGCGGUCUUGUCGCCCCUCUUGUCUCAGGAAUCGGCGCUCUUACAGGGACACUAGGUGGAGGAUCUGUCGGUCUUGGACAUCCUCCGAAUCCAGAAUCCAAUUUCGGACAUCCGUUCGCGCCACCUGGACCCGGAGGGGUUGGACACCCCUACGGAGGAGCACCUGGUUUUGGACACCCUCACAGAAGACCAAUCGGAAUGGGAGGUUUUGGCUUACAAAGCGGUGGCCUCAAUCGUCCGCACGGAUUAGGAGGCGUUCUCGGCAGUCACGGUGGCUUUGGACUUGCUCCUGGAGUUGGAGGCCCCAUUGGUAAUUUAGGUGGGGGUUUUCUUGGAGCCAUGAUCGGAAGUAGUCCCGGAGCUGUGGCAGACAUGAAUACUGAUGCAAACGGAGCUUUUUCAGAGAGUAGCUCUGGAGCAAGAUCUGCGGUUGGACCUAGUUCGGGUAUCCGUCCUGUUCCGCUCAGCGAUGAGAGGACCUAUUCUAGUUUUUCUGCGAGAAAUGGAAAGCAAGGAAAUAAUUUCGGUAACCAGGGCUGGUUUCCGCAUGCUUCGGGAGCUGGAGGCUCUAUAAAUACCCUAGCAGGUGGUCUUCUUGGAGCCUUGGCUGGUGCGGGUGCGGGUGCUGGCGCUGGAGCCAUAGCGGGAGGAAAUUCCGGAGCUUUAAUUGGAGCUAAUUCCGGUGGGUCUUUCAGUAGAAACUCGGCGCUCAGAACGGAAUUAGGUCAUUCUCCCCAAUAUCUCAGAAUGAGAAAAGCCCUUUCCAGCACCUCCGCGAACACCUUUGGAGCCCAAGGCCAAUUCGGUGCCACUCCACUAGGAAGCGCUAGUUUCAAUGUAAACGGAGCAACUUCUAGCAGUAAAAGCAUCAAUGGAGGGUCCUCUGAAUCCUCAGCGAGCACAUUCAACAGCCAAUUUGGAUCGGGCGUCAACGGCGGUGGCUUCUCUGUGAAUGGCGCGUCAGCAAAUGGUAAUUCUUUAGGUUAUGGAAACUCCGGCACCUCCGCAUCGGCCUUUAAUGCCAGGGGCUCGUUCGGUGCUCCAGGUGGGGGCUCUAAUUUUCAAGCAAACGGGGCAACAGCUAGUGCUAGUGGUCAGGGAACCAGCUCGUCAGCGAAUACCGUCAAUGGGCAGUUUGGCAGUCCGGCGUAUGGUUUAAAUUUCGGAGUGAAUAGUGCGUCAGCUAACAGCAAUUCCUACGGCGCGGGUUCCUCGUGGAAUCAGCCAUCUUAUCAGCAGCCGAGCCCUGGGUAUAAUAAUAAUUAUGGGAACUCGUGGGGGCAUCAUCCGCAUCAUAAUUCGGGAUACAACGGGUAUGGAGGAGGCAACGGUGGGGGGUAUGGAGGAGGCUAUGGUGGAUUCGGUGGGGGAGGUGGGGGUUUUGGUAACGGAGGUUACGGGAAUUACGAAGGUGGUGGGGGCGGAUACGGGGGUGGUUACGGCGGAGGGUAUGGUCGAUAG